UUUCAUUCCAGUUUGUGUGUGUUCAGGCCACGUCUAUGAUAGGUCAAGAGUGGCUAAUUUUAAAAAAGCUACAACUUUAGGGUCUUUUCGGCUGCCAGGCGCAGGCGCAGGAAGUUCCCCGCCACUUUCUUUGUCAUUAUCAAUCACAUGAUCCACCGCAGUGUGCGAAGCUUUUCAUUGCACAUCAUUUUUGCAUGAUGUGAGUGAUAGAAAUUACAAUCUCAUCCCAACUUGCAAUCUAGAAAAAUCUGAUUGUUUUACGUUUUCCUCUGCUAGGUGGUCCAUCGAGUGAAUAUGCUAACCGGAAUCUAGAGCGGAUACCAAUGACAGGUGGCUGCUAUGCGGAACGAAUUGAAACGACCGGUCAUCCACUCACUGAGACGUGGGCGUUGGAAACAUGAGAUGUCACGGUCCCACGGCAAUCGAUGCCAAGAUAGCAUACGGAGGCAGAUGAAAAGAUGUAAACAUUAAGCCGUCGCGGUCUCCGCAACGAUCGAGGAGAACGAGGAUAGAAAGCUGUGCGCUCGGUAAGCGAGAAGAUUUCGGGAUGGAAGGGCGGCAGUCCCCGUCUCCAGUGGGUCUGGGGUUAAUCGUGUAUCGUCGCACCAGGGGGAUGAGUCGGAAGUACCUCCGGCGGCACACCGACACCGGCCGCGGACAAGCCAGCAUCCUACGUCCUCGAGCAAGUAUUUCUACACCGGCCUGCGCCUCGCUCUGCGCGGGCCGGCGCGCCGGGCGUGCACCCAGGACCGUGAGGUCGAUUCCCGUGGCGGUCGAUGCCGGCCACACGCCCGCAGCAGCGAGGCUGAGCGGUGAAUUCCAUGCGCGUGCGGGUAGACACCCGCCAGCGGUAUCGAUUCCUGUCUGACGGCGUUCGUCAGACCGAGGUCGUGCCCGGGACGGAAAGGACGGGAACGCCGACGGGCGCUUGGAGGUUUGGUUUCUACGAGCGUGAGCUGUCCCCGGGCCAGCGUCCGAGUCGGGCGAGUGGACCCGUAGUCCCACAUGA